AAUAAAUACAUAACCAAAAGAAGGCCACGCCACACUCUGUACUUGUUUACAUCUCAACCGUAUUUCUUUUAACUAAAACAAAGGCCAAAAUUAACUGCUAAGGUUUAAUGGUGGUUUACCUCAACUUGUUUAAUCAACUUACCUACUUACAAAGAUAAACCUUGACACCCCAAAAGAACAAAAGGACAGAGUCCUACACACCCCCACUCACGACUCCUUGUCUAACCCUACUGCUAUUGCACCAAAAAGUUGAGCGGCAUUCAUUUUUGCUACCAAAAUUCCAGUUAGAUAAGUCCUAUGUGGUUGCAAGAACUUGGGUUGAAUUUAAUGAUGACGUUGAAAUGAAAAAACCCCCCAUUUUCUUCAUCAGCUUAACAUCAGAUCUACAAUGGCUUUCUACAAUUCCUAUGAUUUCUACGACGAUUCCUAUUACAACUAUGCUCAAAUUGAGCCUCCAAUUCCGCAAUCCAGUAACGAGCCCAACUUCUACAAUCUAUUUGACUACCCACCUCCUUGUUAUUUCGGACAGGCUUAUGAUUAUGAGGUAGGGUACUCAGCCAAUGAUGCUCCUUACAGAUCAAAUUUCAAUGAACUCCCCCAAUUGAUCGACCAUGAGCCCGUUGACCAUGGUGAUUAUGGCUAUGCAAUUCGCUACUCUGCCAAUGCUUGUUCAGCAUCGAGUUUCACUUUGCCGAAAUUAUGUGAAUACAACCCUGAUUUAUAUAGCGAGGUGUCGACCCAAUUUGUGAUCUCUUACUCUGUUUCCCAAUUCAAUGAGACAGAAUUUGAAGAGUAUGAUCCAACCCCUUAUGACGGUGGCUAUGACAUUUCCGAAACCUACGGUAAGCCCCUUCAACCUUCAAUUGAAAUUUGUUACCCACCGUCCUCUUCUUCCCCUUCAAAAUCCCCACCCCCACCCCCACCGCCGACAGCCACCGCCAUUCCCAUCAUCACCACAAUACCCAAGAUAGACGAAGCACCAAAGGGGAAAAUUGAAGAACAAACAAAGCCAUCAAGUGAAAUCAAGCCGACCCAGAUUGAAAAAACCAACAACAGCUCUUCAAGUGAUAGCGACACAACUUCUGAAUCUGGAGAAAUUGAGGAAGAUAAAGCGAUUCAAUUGGGAGACCCAGGAAUUGGGUAUGGAAAUGCAAGGGAAGUGAAUGAAUUUCCAAGUGGGUGUGGACUGGAAGCGAUGGAUCUUUGCGAAAGUUUAUUUGGGUAUUGGCCAUGUCUCUCACGGGCAAAAAGGCAAACAGCUUAUAGGCAACCCAAGAACGGGUGUGGACGUUGCCACGGGCAUUGCUAUUGCUAUGGGAAUUACGGAAAUGAGUGGCAGACAGCAGCAGAAUAUCUAUUUGGAAGUCAUAAUCCAUAUCUAGAUGGAAGAAGAGAAGGAGAUGUUGUUUAUGGCUAUCAAAGACAGUUUCAAGAGGAGCCUGUUUAUGGCUACGUUUGGUUGAAUCAAAAUGACUUGAAUCGGUGUGAAGAUGUUUGAUGUUGAUCUUGUUUAUGUGAAUCGAAUUGUAGAUGAUUUGCAAUUUCUUUUUCUGUCUGUCUCAUCCACUUUGUAGCUAUAAUAUUAAUAAGUGGAUUUAUUUCGGUAAUGAUAGUGAUUAAUAACCCCUCGUGGGACAUUGUUUGUUUCUUCAAUCUCACAUCGUGAUCGUCCCUUUGUUAGGCAGAAUCUUUGUAAAAAAGGCAUAUGGUACAAGUUUGAAACUUUAAUCCA